AUGACUGAGAAUUAUGUUGUUGAUGAUAAUGAUCUAAUAAAGAAUUGUGAAAGCAUAUUAAAGUCGUCGUUAAGCAGUAGUAGUAAUACUAAUAAGAGUGUUAAGGAUUUAAGUAUUAGGAAACAGAAUGCUCGUAAUCGUUGGAAAUUACUUGCGAGAGCAAUUCAAUCAGAGUCAAAGCAUGAACAAAUGAUGAUUAAAGCACAUUCAAUCGCGCCGUCGAUAAAUGUCAUCGCACAAAAUUUUGAUGGCUUUGAUCUCGUAAAAAUAGAACAAUUAAGAAAAGACGAUAGAAAUAAUUUAAUUAUGAAAAUUGAUGUAGCGUGUAAGCGAUACGAGUGUAAUGUUCAUUUAGAAAAAUUGUGGACUGUAAAGGAUUUGAUUGGAUUCAAUAAUACGGGAAACAUAACGUUUUGGACGUCAGAGGCUGCUCUAUGUCAUUAUGCGAUGGAAAAUCUGUCAAUGUUUGAUAACUCAUGGGUGCUAGAGCUAGGUGGUGGAAUGUUUUGUUUGUGCGGUUUAAUGAUUGCGAAAUAUGGCAACUCAUUUGCUGUACAUCUAACAGAUGGAAAUCAAAGUUCAUUACAAAAUGUCAAAAAGUCUGUUAUUUUAAACGAAUUCGAUUGUUUCAUGAAAGCUUCAGUUCUGAGAUGGGAGGAUUCAGUUAAACAAUGUCCAUUAGAGAGACAAAAAUACAAUUUCAUCCUAUGUGCUGAUUGUUUAUUUUUUGAUGAUUCACGUGCUGCUCUCGUCGACAGUAUCUGUUACUUCCUAUCGGAAAAUGGAAUAGCGUUAGUAAUAGCACCGAAGCGAGGCAAAUCGAUGAGUUUAUUUAUCAAAAAGUGCAUCUCAAAAGGACUGCAUUGUCAGGUGCACACCUAUUAUAACAAGGAGAUAUGGGAGAAGCAUCAGAAAUUCCUUAAAUCCAAUUUGUACAAUGAAGACAUGCACUAUCCAAUUCUAUUGAAACUUUCCCAUUUAAAAACAGUCAAAUAA